CCGUCUAGACAUUUCUACUGUACCUUCUCCUCCCGUCUGUGGGGAACUUCCCCACUUUGGGAACCCCGGAACCAGACUCCCUCUUUCUUUCUCUCAAGUGGGUGGUCCGGUGAGUUUUCGGGGCGGGGUGCUCUGUUCCAACCCUCCUACCCUCGCUCCCUCUUGAAACAUGCUUUAAUAGAGAAAGUAUGCAAUGCAUACUGCUCAGCUAACCCCCAAUUAUACUGCAACUGGGGUAUUCGUGACUGGACGUCUGGGGGGAUCACACACAUUUCCGAUUAGAGGAGAGAGAGAGAGAGUUUACCCUUUCAAUCCAACCAAUGAGACGGUCGAUACUCUGAGAUUUUCAGAGUUGUGCAGGAGCACAAAGUGAGCUGACCGUGUGUGAACUUCCAGGUAAAGCUAGAACCGUCUCAAGCCCUUGAGGCUGCUUCUCCAGGCUUUGAUGCCCACACUCUUUGAAGCAGGUGGACAGACACAGGCAUGAGUAAUCGUGGGACCAAAGAGCCGUCUCCCGAGCCGAGCACUGCCCAGUCUCCUCCUGAGCCUCAGCGCAGGGGCAGGGGUCGGCCCCGGAAACAGCAACAGGAGCCUGUUGGGCCACCGACUCCAAAGAGACCGAGAGGACGACCCAAAGGCAGCAAGAACAAAGGCCCCAAAACUGCACUGAAGAAAGUAGAGCCCGUUGGUGAGAAACGUCCGCGUGGGCGACCGAGGAAAUGGGGCUCUUCAGAAGAGACUGAGGAUGAUCCCUCGCAGCUCGAGCCUCAGACAUCUCAGGUUCCAGCGCAGGAGGAAGGAGAGUAGAUGGGAUGACUUUCGAACUACCUCAAGGUUUGGCCUCAAACAAACAGGGGUCUGACCCCUUUCUGUGAUGGGAAUUCAGGAACACACACAUAACCACACAAAAAGAAGUCAUUGCAGACAGUUGUUUCUUCUCCCGAUAUGAUACUGUACCCUGGUUUUAUUAGUUCGCUAUAAGAGUUUGAUGAACAAGCUCUGUUUUUACUUCGAAUAAUUUGAUCUUUCAAAAUAGCUUUUUUUUAGCAAAUAGUUUGACAUUUUGGGAAUUGUGCUUGUUCACUUACACCAAGAGUUGCAUCAAAAAAUUGAUACCAAUCUCAUAUCUGUACGGUUAAUAUUAAGCUACUACCAGAAGCUGGUUAGCUUAACUUAGCAUAAAGACUGAUAGCAGUUUUUAGUUAAUUGUUCACAGUUACUGCAAUGUGCCUUUCGAGUUUUAAAUGUGUAAGGUAAAAUGUUCACCUUCAGACUGUGUCCAGUCUGAAUGCUUCGCUUAAGAUUCAUUGUUUUUUCGAAAUCUUCUUAUCUAACUUUUGGAAAGAUUGCCAAGAAGCGUAUUUACCCAAAAAGUCAAACUAUUGCUUUAAGGAUGCCCACUCUCUUAACCUCUCUGCUUGUCUCUGAGCGGGUGUGUGGACAGGAUUCUGGGUUAAAAUUGAGAGAAAAAGAAACUAACCUUGACUGUUUUAUUGAAAGAAAAAUCUAAAUCAAGUGUCAUGAAUUCUCAUAUGAAAUGUGAGCAAGAUGGUGACAUUUUUAGUGAUGUUACAAUAUAAACAUGGUGCUCUGAAGUCAUUAUUAUAAAAGUAGAUGUGAAAGAUUUUAUUCCAAAAGGAGAUAUCCAGUUUGGGAGAAAAUAAAUGUCUUAUGUUCAUUACUCAAAGUUGGCUUAAUAACCUCAAUGAUUGUAUUUCCUCUUCCACCCUCCAGCAAGUAAAAAAGCACCCAAAGGUUUAUAUGGAUGUCUUGUUUUGGAAAGAAACCCUUCAUAUUUACUUUAGUCAACAACAUUGUUGACAUGUCAUUUUACCACACUCAGGAUUUUACUAUUACAGUGCUUUUACACCAUAUUGAAACCUCAGGUACUAAACUAUUCAGGAACAUGUUGUCAGUCUACUCAGUAAAAAUGAUUGUGCUGUGUUUGUUGUGCAUUUCUGAUUUGUAUUUGACAUUACCAGUUUGCCUUGACACAAAGACCUCAUUUAAACCUCAGAUGCCCUCAGUCUCUUAAACUCUCAUACUACCUCAGUAACAAAAAACAUCACAACAAAAUAACUUGUCACUCCCUCUGCAGCAACAAUGACACACACACACACUCACACAAACACACACACACACAUACACACACACACACACACACACACACACUCACACUCACACUCACACUCACACUCACACUCACACUCACACAAACACACACAGGCAAAGGGUUUUCAGGCUUACACACAAAAGCACACAUCACACACCAGCAGAGGAUUUUACUAUUGGUGUACAAAAAAAGCAUCAUUGUCAUUUUCUUUAAAAAAUGUAUUUGUUAAAAGCUGAAGUGAGACUCCUGGGAAAACAAUACAUCCAAUAGUUUACAACAACUUGAUAAAAUGCCUUUUUAGGGUGUACUCCCUUAUGAAAUACUUGUUUGUUUUUUGGGUCUUUCUCAUUUUUACUACAUCAUGGUUUUUCUCAUUCUUACACUGUAAAUUGUAUGUGGGACACUCUUAAUAAGUGUAAUUUAAAAAAAACAAGAACAGCAAAUAACUUCAAGGUGCUGAAAUACAUGACAAGGUGGAAAUAAAUGAUGGAAAAUAAGUAAAUAAUAUUUCACACUGCAUCUUUAACCGUUCUCUUUGUUGUUUUACUCAUUUAUGAAAGGAAAAAAGGUUGUUCCUUCAUUUUUCUAUAUGGUCGUUAUAAGAGAGACUAUAUUUUUGUGACCCGCAACAAUUGGGUUACUAUGUGAUAGUUAUGCUAAUCGCAAAAAUAUAUUAUACCAGAAGAAUAAGUAUACAUUUGUUAAUAAAUGACUCAUUGAUCAACCCAUAGUUGUAUUAAAGGGUGGGUUGUAUUUCUUCUUAAUUAAACUUUUAAUUUGUGGUUAUUCUUUCUAACUUGUAGUUUUAAGUCAUGCAGAUAGUUUUGGUUUUUGACCAGUUCUGAGAUAUGUGUUUCUGAAUCUCAAAUACAAUGGAAAUGAAUGGAAUUCCAUUUGUGGUCAGCGCUUGUGGUGUGAGAAAUAAAACGAUCUGAAUGAUGUAAAAAACACACUUUAAGGGUAACCCCUAAAUAUACUUGUUUAUCUUUAAUAAAUAAUCACUCAGAGUACUUGGUAGAAUAAUAAUGGUAUUUCAAAGUAUUUUUUCUAUAAUUUCCAAUUGUUUAGUUAUUUAAAAAAUAAAGAAGUUUCCAGGUUCCAGUCUUUUAAUACAGUAACGUUUUUAAGACCUUGGUGGUCAAUAGUUCUGCCCUUAAACUGACAGUAAGCUUAUUGCAAAUGUUUCAUUUUUCAUAUCACUAUGAUAUGUAAUAUCCCCAUUUGUGUAUGUAUUUCAGCAUUGUUGGGUAAAUUGCUGCUGCCAUGGAGCUUAAUGAAUUUACAGACAGUUAUGUUUUAUUGUACAACUGCAUUGACGUUACGUUUUGCCCUUUUGGACUACCUCUGAAGUCUUUGGCUAGUGGUGUCUGACCUUUUCCACAGAACCUGCAGGCGAUGUGGAUCAUGAAAUCUUGAAAUAAUUGUCUAACUAGUACUGUUGUAGUCCAUUCAUCUCAUCUCGCAACAUUCACGUCACCAUAAUUAACGUAAGUCAGCCUGAAAGGCGCCUCUUAAUUUAACUACGGCUGGGUUAGUGUUUGUUGUUUUACACAAGCUGUGUCUGGAUAUUUACUCUCUAAGGGGACAACGUUGUUCUGUGAUCUUACUGAUAGUACAUACAGUACUUGAUCCAUAUUCAACUAUUGAAAAGUUGAAGUGUAACUUGAGAAAUCAUCUUUUAUGCCUUACUUUUAACACCAUUUUGUAGUUAUGUUGUUGAUGUGUCCUCAUCCAAUACAUUAAUACAACUCACAAACCUGUGAUAUAUGUUUUGUAAUGAUUCUUUACCAUGUGAUUUGUGUUAUUCUGCUUCUUUAUCGCUUAUCAAUAAAAUAUCAGACCCA